AUGUCUCUCUCUCUCCACACCUCCCUCCUCCUCGUCUUUCUCCUCUCUCUCCUCCUCCUCCGCGGAACCACCUCGCUUCCGGGCAGCAUCGGCAUGACCUACACCAGCAGCAGCAGCAGUCCUCCUCCGGACCACGUGGCCUCCACCCUCCAAUCCCUCAAAAUCUCGGCCGUCCGCCUCCCCAACCCCUCCCCCUCCGUGGUCCGGUCCUUCUCCUACUCCAACAUCUCCCUCCUCCUCUCCCUCCCCAACUCCCUCCUCCCCUCCCUCGCCUCCAAUCGCUCCUCCGCCGAUCUCUUCCUCUACACCCACGUCAUCCCCUUCUACCCCCGCUCCCACAUCUCCUCCAUCUCCCUCGGCUCCGACAUCUUUUCCUCCUCCUCCGACCUCUCUUCCCUCCUCCUCCCCGCCCUCCGCAACCUCCACUCCUCCCUUAUCUCCCUCGGCAUCCACUCCAUUUCCCUUUCCACCACUUUCUCUUUCGUCAACAUCAUGUCCACCGCUUUCCCUCCCUCCUCUGCCGAGUUCAACCAACCCAUCUCCCAACUCAUCAUCAAACCCCUCCUCGAUUUCUUGGACGAAACCAAUUCCUCCUUCUUCGUCAAUCUUUACCCUUACUCUGUCUACAGUCUCAACCACGAUAUCCCCAUUGGCUUUGCUCUGUUUGAAGAACAAGAACCCUUCAAUUUCCGGGAAGAUUCGGUCACCGGAGUCAAGUACCGGAACUUGUUCGAUGUCAUGGUUGAUGCUGUGAUCAGUGCUAUGGCCGUCGCCGGUCACGAAAAUAUUCCCGUGGUUGUGACGGAGACUGGGUGGCCGAGCUCCAGCAAUGGCGCUGGAGAUCCGGAUGCUAGAGAAGGGUAUGCUGAGAUUUACAUCAAGGGUUUGAUUGAUCAUCUGAAAUCGGGAUUGGGUACGCCGCUGAGGAAGGAAGGGGUGGCUCAGACUUACAUAUAUGAGUUGUUUGAUGGGGAUGAAAAACAGGGGAACGAAACAGGGGAACAGAAUUGGGGAAUUUUGUUUCCCAACAUGACAGCCAAGUAUCACAUUGAUUUCUCGGAGGCUUCUGGAGGACCUGUGGUGGAGAUUGCAAUUGGGUUUGUCUUGGCUGUUGUUGGUGUUUUGAUCUUGCAUUAGAUCUUUCUGAUGAUUUAUGUAUGCAGCAUUGAUUUGCCCUGUUUCUUGGAUGUGUUGUUGCUAUGGACUGUUGAUAGUUUCUUGAUUUUUUGUUUUCAAGUAGAAUUAGUGAUUACAGUGGAACUCUGUGUUGAUAAAGGAGUAGAAGGAAAGUUCAGUGUAGAUUUGAUUUGAGUAGUAGUAGUAGAAGAUGAGUUUGGUGUGGGUAAUUCUUUGUUUGUUGAAGGUGGUGGUGAUUGAUGUAGAGUGGAUUCUUUCAUGAAAAAAAUUCAUUGGAAUGUGAAUGUU